AUGGGGUUCGCUCGACGAUUGCAAAUGAGUGAACUAAAAGGACCGGUAGGAAAAACUUGGUACGUUCCUCACGGACUAGUCGAACAGCCAAACAAACCAGGCAAGCCGCGACUAGUUUUCGACGCCCGGAGCAAGUUCAACAACAUUUGCCUGAAUGAUGCCCUCCACAAUGGCCCAUUGCUAAUGGCCGAUAUGUUGGACGUACUAUUCUUCUUCCGAGAGAAACCACACGCCGUGAGCAUGGACAUUAAUAAAAUGUUUCUUCAACGACGCCCAGGAGUCCCGGGCAUACCGAUCGCGCACCAAAUGUUGGUCCUCAUAUUCGGCGCAAGCUCCUCUCCAACGUGUGCUGCUUACGUUUUACGCCACAUCAUCGAGGAUCACCCGGAAUAUGCUGACGUGGCCGAGCUUAUAGCUAAAAAAUUCUACGCGGACAACUAUUUGGACUCGUUCAACACAAUAGAAGAAGGAAUAGCAACCUGCCGCAGGCUACGCGAGUUGCUGUUCCUGGGAGGUUUUGUCCUCGGCCAGAUGGUGACCUCGGCCAGAGAGAUCCUUCAGUCGCUACCAGCUACCGAGCGCGCCAAUCCGGAUCUCAACAUAGACCUGGACGCCCUCCCGGUUCAUCGAACCCUCGGACUGGAAUGGAACGGCGAAGGAGACCAUUUCUUCUUCACCCUCGUCAUACCGACAGCGAUAACGAAAAGACAAGUCCUGUCCGCCGUAUCCGCGAUCUACGACCCGAUGGGAUUUCGGGCGGCAGUUACAAUAACCGCCCAAGUAUUGCUGCAAGAUGCAUGGUGCGUAGGUCGCGACGUACAGCCCGACGAACGGCGUCCGAAGAAAUUGGGGUGUGACCACCAGCUACCGCCGGACUUGCAAGAGUGGUGGGACUGCUUCGUAAGGAGCCUGGAAAGCCUUCGGGAACUUCGGGUACCACGUUGUCUCCGCCCAACCUCGUUUCCUGCAAACGACACGACAAUCACACUUCACCUCUUCUGUGAUGCCUCAUUAUUCGCCCUGGGAGCCAGCUUGCUCCAACGAAGUGAGUAUCGCGGAAAAAUCGCUCUUCGCCUGGUCGCAGCCCGAUCAAGAGUGGCCCCGGUAAAACAACAAACAUUGACUCGGUUGGAGCUAAUGGCCGCGCUGCUAGGAGCACGGCUCCUCAAACGGUAUCUUCAGCUACUACAGUUUCCCUGCUGGUCGCAUUGGUGUUGGUCAGACUCCAAUAACGUUCUCUACUGGCUGCGUUCGGAGGCUACGCUGUACGCCCAGUUCAUCAGCAGCCGCAAAGAACAGAUAUUGUCCGUCUCUCCUGCGUCCAGGUGGCGUCAUGUUCCCUCAGAACUAAACCCCGCCGAUGACCUAAGCCGAGGAAUAGAAGCGAGCGAGCUGACGGAAGGCCACCAAAGCCUAGCAGGACCUGCCUUUCUGCUAAUGGGAGAAGAGGAGUGGCCACAAAGGUUCGGAGGAGGAGCGGUGCAGCCGGAAGCCCUGGAAAUCGUAAGACCAGUAGCUGUGUGUGAGGAGGUGAGGGUGAAUGUCGUGGUGGUGACAGAAGCAGGAGCUUCCAGUCUUCCCCCGCUGACGAUCGGCAAUCUAAUCGAGUCCAGCACCACGCUCUCCGCUCUUAAGCGAUCCGUCGCCGGGUUGAAUGCUGCCCCGGGCGAGGAGUUAACGCCGUCAUUGUUGCGGGCUGGUCUAGAUUGCUGCAUAAAAAUGGUCCAAAAGUCAGCGUUUGCCAGCGAGAUCAAUGCGUUGGCCAAAGGCAACCAAAUCGGACGCGAUUCACCGCUCCGCAAACUCUCUCCAUUUCUUGAUUCAGAUGGUUUGUUGCGAGUGGGAGGACGCCUGCAACAUGCCACUAUGAACGAGGACGCCAAGCAUCCAGUUAUCUUACCCCAUCACCACAAGUUGACGAGGCUCAUCAUCGUCAACACCCAUGAGUCUCGAUUUCACGACUCGACCGAAAGGACACUCUAUGAGCAAUGUCGGGGUCGAUUACUUUGGCCCACUGCACGUUCCAGUCAAGCGGAGUACGAAGAAAAGGUACGGGGUGCUAUUCACCUGCCUCGUCACGAGGGCUGUCCACCUGAAGCUAGCCAACACCCAGGACACCGACUCAUGCCUCAUGGCCUGGCGUCGCUUCGUAGCUCUGCGAGGCUCCCAAAGAACGUGUGGAGCGAUAAUGGGACCAACCUGACAGCCUGCGAAAAGGAAUUGAAAAAAGGGCUGGCAAGGAUUAUUAGCGAGGGCCGAUUGGUGGCGGAAAUGGCUGAUAAAGGCAUCAACUGGCAAUUCUCCCCUCCAUCAGCCUCACAUUUUGGCGGAUCCUGGGAAAGCUUGGUCAAAUCAGCGAAAUCGGCGCUUAAGGUAGUGCUGGGCACCACCACGGUGAACGAAGAAGUGCUGCGUACCGUCCUAGCAGAAGUGAUUGCUAUCCUGGACGCUCGCCCGCUGACACACCUGAGCGUCGACCCGGAACACGAAAGCCCACUCAACCCCAAUCACUUUCUUCUAGGCCGAGCCCACCCACACAUUCCUCCUGAUUUGUUCGAUGAAGAUGGGCCGCUGUCGCGCAAACGCUGGAAGCAGGCACAAGAGAUAACCAUCCGGUUCUGGCGUCGCUGGAUGACGGAGUAUGUACCGUCAUUGAUGGAGAGACGGAAAUGGACCCGGAAGAGCCGCAACGUCCAAGUCGGCGACCUAGUACUCAUCGUGGACCAAAAUGCACCGAGGGGGACGUGGCUGACGGGUACGGUCAGCCGGCUGUUACCGGCGAAAUCUUCACUGCCGUCCGGAGAGCAGGUGGUCCGGACCGUCUGGGUAAAGACGACGACCGGCGAAUACCGACGGCCCGUCGUGAAACUGUGUCUCUUACGAAGAGCCAUGGACUCCUCUUUCUGA